AUGAUACCGAUUCAAAAUGAGAUACAUGGGUUCCUGCCGGAGCUGAAAGAGGCGGAUGAGAUUAGUAAUAGUCCAUCAAGAACAUCGGAAAAUGAGCAUCUCCUCCAUAAAAGAAUCAGCGCAUCGGAGAAAAUCAGCAAUAUACAGAAGUACAUAUGCAUCGCCUUCAUACUAUUAUUGGUCAUCCUUUCAUCAAUCAUAUUCUGUGGAAUGUAUUAUGUUGUCAGUGAUUGCUCAUCAAAAACGUUGGGCCACAAUUUUUGGGACCAAGAGGUCAAGGAGGAUAUCGAAAAGUUGAACGCCAUUUCUCGCCAAUUGAGUUUUGAAAUAAAAGCCGACAAUAUUCGUCGAAAUAUGGAUACUCUUGCCAAAUCUGCACAUAUCGCUGGCACGCGUGAGCAAUCACACAUAAUGCACUAUUUGGCUCAACAGUACGCGAAUCUUGGUCUCUCAGUGAAAGUUUACAACUACACCGUCCUCCUCAAUUACCCGCAGAUCAGUGUACCGAACAUCGUUGAGGUUCGCGAUGGUGAUGGCGAAUGGGCGACAAUGAGUUUCGGUCGUGGUACGCCGCUAGGGGCCGAGAUGGCGAUAAACGAGCAGCAAGACGUGCGCUCUCAACAAUGGUGGAAUGCUUAUUCGGCGAAUGGGACAGCAGAGGGACAAAUUGUUUUUUGCAAUUAUGGCACCAAGACGGACUAUGACCAUUUAGCACAGUUAGGUGUUGUCGUUCGCGGUAGAAUUGCCCUUAUUCGCUACGGUGGAAUUAAGCGAAGCGAGAAGGUCCGACUCGCUCAGAAUCAUGGUAUGACGGCGGUCAUCUUUUUCAGCGAUCCCACACAUUACACAACGAUUAAUCAAACAAAUGUGUUCCCGGAGAGUGUGUAUUUGCCUGGCGACGAUGCCCAACGCGGUUCCGUUUUGGCUUCACCUGGCGAUCCGCUGACACCGCUACUACCAUCGCUUAUUUACACACAUCGCGAGGAAACUGAAGCGUCGGCAAGGGUGAAAGGGGUUUUGCCGAGCAUUCCGGUGACACCGAUUGGGUAUAAUGAUGCCAAACGGAUUAUGGAUUUGAUGGAUGGGGAUCCUGUACCGAACUUUGAAUGGCGCGGUGGAUUGAACAGCGUGUACCGUGUAACCGGAGAAAAGCAUUUUCGUGUAACCGUCAACUCCCGAUUUCUGCACCGAACAAUUUCCAAUGUUAUCGCAACCCUUCGGGGGUCCGAAGAGCCUGAUAAAUGGAUAAUAGUCGGAAAUCAUGUGGAUGCUUGGGGAAACGGAGCCGUGGAUCCAAUUUCUGGAACCUCUACUCAAUUGGAAAUGGCCAGAGCAAUCACAAAAAUUUUCAAGGAGGUUGCUCCCAAACGAACAAUAGUGUUUUGCCAUUGGGAUGCUGAAGAAUAUGGACUCAUCGGAUCAACCGAAUGGGUCGAGGAAAUGCAACACGUGCUUCAUCGAAGGGCGGUGGCGUAUAUAAACGUCGAUCAUGUCGCCGGCACCGUAACUCCCGAUGUGAAAUCAGUGCCUCUCCUUUAUCGGGCAAUUGUGAGCGCUGCGAAGAGAACUAAGCAAUUGAAUACGCUUGAGAGAACUCUAGGUCGAACAAAAUUAUUUGAUUCGUGGAGACACUAUCGUGGCAAGGGCCCAAUUCUCGGCGAUCGUGGUGUUCCUGAUAUCGGCCUUCCCACUUCUGGUUCCGACUAUCAACGCUUUAUUUCAUUCCUCGGAAUUCCAGCGGCAGAUCUCAAAAUGGAGAACAGACCCGGAACUUCUUAUCCACUAUAUCAUACCAUGUAUGAGACACCGUGGAUGGUCAACACAUUAAUGGACCCUUCAUUCGAAUCGUUUGUGACUGUUGGCAAUUUUUGGAUGGAAUUGGUACAUCGGUUGGCGAAUUCUCUAAUUAUUCCAUUUGAUGUGGUGGAUUAUGGAACAGUAAUCAGCAGUCUGGUUCAGAGGACGGAAUCUCAUUUGAACCAUCUUAACUUAACAAGAAGUAUUCCAACAAUCAAUGAUCAGCUUGUCUUGCUUAAGGAUGCUUUGAAGCGAUUACAAAUUGUUGCCCACGAUUUUCAUCAAAUAGUCAAUGACAUUCAAAUCGGUCUGAAAACCUCGACAAGAUCUGAAAUCGAGGUGUUGAACAACAGACUUCAAGAAAUUGAGCGAUGCUUCAUCGACUGGACCCAGGGAAAUCAGCUAAAUCGCCAUUUGAUUUUUGCCCAAUCUCAACAUUCCCCUCAUAUCAAUUACCUCUCGCAAAUUCAAGACUCGGCCAAGGAGUUCUCCCGAUUUGGAAGAGCUUCGGAUAGUCAGAAGCUUUCUCUUGCCUUCUCCAAAUUGCAUCUUGCAAUUGAGAGUGUCAUUAAGGUGUUAACACUUUGA